UCUUAAAUUGUAUUCGCUUGCUUGAUUGACAUAACAUUUUUAGUUACUUUUUACUGGAUCAAAUAACUGGUUUAUCUAAUACCCCAAUAAAGCUCAUGUUAAGGCCUAAAACCCUUUACCUGGAGAUGCUAGGGACAGAUACUGGAAAGUUCUGUAUGCAAAGCAUGGGCUUUACCCCAGUCUACAGCCCUUCUUAAAAGUUAAUGUUCAACUAGCAUACAAUGUCAAAGUUCUACAACUUAUGACAUAACAGGCUGCUGUGAAGCAUGCGGAUGAUAGUAGACAUUUAAUUCUUGUAAAGCGACAGAGUGAGAUGAGAGAGAUGCUUCCCAUGUUUGACUCCCAGAAAGAAUAUGUUGUGGUGCUGUUGCUUUUGUUGUCUUCUUUGAAUUUCACCUCUGGUGGGAAGCUACUGGUGGUGCCCGUGGAUGGAAGCCACUGGCUGAGUAUGCUGUCCGUCCUCAAUCAGCUCAAACAGAAUGGCCACGAGACUGUCGUCGUCGCACCUGAAAUAAACAUGCAAAUAAAACCUUUAGAUGAUCUUUAUACUUUGAAAACAUAUCCAGUGCCUUUCACAAAAGAAGAGCUGGAGGAACAUUUUCAAGAGAGUGCAAAUGGCCUGUUUGAAGAGCUCCCUUUUCUAGUUAGGUUUGUUAGAACCUAUAACAGGCUGAAAAAUACGUCUGCUUACUUAUUUUCCGCUUGCACUAAUUUAUUGUACAAUCAAGAACUGAUUAAGUACCUUCAGCAGAACAAGUUCGAUGCUCUUUUUACAGAUCCAGUGAUACCAUGUGGCCAAAUAGUGGCUGAGUAUCUUGGCAUCCCUUCUGUAUAUUUUUUACAAGCGAUUCCCUGUGGUUUAGACUAUGAAGCUCUUCAGUGUCCCAGCCCUCUUUCUUAUGUUCCAAGGCAACAUACAGAAAACACGGACCAUAUGACGUUUGGUGAACGUGUGAAGAACCUACUGUUCUUCACAUCAGAAUUCUUCCUUUGUGAUUUUGCUUACUCACCUUAUGCAAGUCUUGCUGCAGAAUUUCUUCAACAAGACAUGGCUAUCACAGAACUCUGGAGUCAUGGAUCGGUUUGGCUGAUAAAAACAGACUUUGCGUUUGAUUAUCCCAAACCAUUAAUGCCUAAUAUGAUUGCAAUUGGAGGGAUCACCUGUGUCGGGAAAAAACCCUUAACUCAGGAAUUUGAAGGCAUAGUAAAUGCAUCUGGCGAACACGGCAUUGUGGUGUUUUCUUUGGGCUCCAUGGUCUCCGAGAUUCCAAUGAAAAAAGCCAUGGAAAUUGCUGAAGCAUUGGGAACAAUACCCCAGACGGUGCUGUGGAGGUAUACUGGAGAAGUGCCUCCCAACCUUGCGAAGAACACCAAACUCGUUAAAUGGCUUCCACAGAAUGAUCUACUUGCUCAUCCGAAAGCCAGAGCCUUCAUCACCCACAGUGGCUCCCAUGGGAUUUAUGAGGGAAUCUGCAAUGCAGUCCCUAUGGUGAUGAUGCCCCUUUUUGGAGAUCAGAUGGACAAUGCCAAGCGAGUGGAAUCUCGGGGAGCAGGAGUGACUCUGAACGUGCUUGAAAUGACUUCCAAGGACCUCUCUGAUGCACUAAAGGCUGUUAUUUAUGAUAAAACGUACAAAGAGAAUAUCAUGCGUCUUUCAGCCCUGCACCUGGACAGACCCAUCCACCCUAUUGACCUUGCCGUACAUUGGGUGGAAUUUGUGAUGAGGCAUAAGGGUGCUCCUCAUUUACGACCAGCAGCCCAUGACCUCAACUGGUUCCAGUACCAUUCUAUCGAUGUUAUUGCCUUCCUCUUGGCUGUUCUCUUAACCUCCCUCUUCAUCUCGCUGAAGUGCUGCCUUUUCUGCUUUAGGAAAUGCUUCUGCAAAAAAGGAAGACUGGCCAAGAAAAGCAAAUCAAAAUCCCAGUAAAUUCGGGAUUUAGGAGGCACCCAGCAUUGAACUCAGAAUUCCUGGGGCCAAUGAGUUCCCCCAGCAUUUACAUAUGCAUGCAAGCAUUUUGACCAAUGAAAGAAUGAAUAUAAGCAAUUUGGAUCUCCAAAGGAUCUGUAAAUUUCAAGGCAGAGUCCAGUGCACUGCAGUUCAUAGAUAGAAGAGGGAAUAAACGACCUCGGUUACUUGUAUUUCAGUGCAUAUGUAGGAAUGGCCAUUACUAAUUUCAAACUAGUAACACUGACAAACUAGAUUAAAAACUAGAAGCACUUCCAAAUUGUAAAUGCCUUCAGAUGCGUCUCCCCUUUGAAACAGCAGUAAAGCCUUUGUGGUUCUUCUAUAUAUGUUAAUUUAAUAAAUUGUGUGAAACUGAAAA